AAUUAUUUUUUCUUUGUUUCUUCCUCUAUUUUAACAUUUUUAUGACUGCAUUGCUACUGUUAGUUUAAUCGAUCUCUUUUGAGAUCGAUCUGUUUGGAUAGAGAUCGAUCUGGGGAAUUAGCUUCCUAUCCCUAGGCGACACAUACCCUAUAUCACUUGGGAACGAUUGAAACCUGCAAUUAUGGGUAACCUUAGUUUCAGAAGCUUCUAUCCUAAAUACCAUUUGGGUUUUCUGAGUUUUUGAGGGUAGAUAAACUCGGUAGUUCCAAGAGAUUCUGAUUCUGGAAUCCCAGUACUGUUUGGAGGUUGAUUCACUGGACUGCAACACACCCUUCAGUCUUGAGCUCUAGCAUGUUUCUGGUUUUGCAAAGGAAGAAGACAACCAAGAUCGAGGUUGUACCCUUGUUCUUUUUCAUCUUCCCAUUUGCAUUGGGAAGAUGGCAAAUGCAAAUGGGAGGGCUGUUAUUGUGUAGGGGAAUGUUCCAGAGUGUGGAUCUUGGCGCAAUGGUAAGCUUGCUCCAUUGCAGCCCAGUGGUUGUGGGUUAGAAUCCGGAAAUAGCCUCUCUAGUCUCCAUCAAGCGGGGGUAUGGUUAUAUAUAUUAUGACCCUCCUUAGACCCACAGUGGCAGGGGCCUCAUACACUGGAGGGAUCGCUACCUGGUCGCGUGGUUCCAGCAAGCAUGCAGACCAUGACAACAUGGGCAUUGGCAUCAACCAUGGGAGUGAGAAGAGAUCAUCCUGUGUAACACAGCAUGGUGGGCAUCAUUGUGGAAUCGAAACGUCGAAAUAAUAAUAAUGGUGAGGGCAAUGGGGACAUGGUGGAGGAAGAGGGAGAGACUUGGUCUAUGCUCCCAGAUCACCUUUUAUGGAUGAUCAAAGAAAGGCUAAGGCCAAAUUUUGUUCAGAACUUGUAUGUGGCUGCUGUAUGUAGGAAUUGGUGGUCUGCAUUUUGCUCCAACAUUACAACCACCAGGUUCUCAUUACCAUGGGUCAUGGAUGAUGGGGGUCAUGAUAGCGAUGAACAAGAGUUUAUAGAUCCCUGGUACAAAAAGAAAUAUACCAUUAAUCUCCCAGAUCUCUCUGGAGCCCAAGUCAUUUACUCAAAAGAAGGAUGGCUGCUUCUACUUAAGACAAUUAAAGUGAAAAGUACAGUGAUACAAAUAUCAAGAGGAAGGUCAAUUGAAAGAAGUAAGGCAUUUUCUCCGUUCUUACUCAACCCUCUUACUAAAGCCAAAGUUGAGUUGCCAAAUCUGCCUUAUGUAUCUGUGCUAGCUGGAACAUUCUCUAUCAUCAAUGGUGCUCUUGGCCAUGUGGCUUUUGCUGCAUAUGAGCAUAAUAACACCACCUCAAGUGAGGGCGCAAUUUCUCCAAGUCUCUUUAUAGCCAACCUGAGUAACAGAGGUAAAAGUGGAGAUGAUGAAACAUCAUGGACGUGGUCCAAGUAUAUCCCAACUUUUGUGACUAAAAUUAUAACUCGUGUGUCUGGUUUCUUGAUUUUUGGUGGCUUGUUGUACUGCUUUGAUGCCAAUGCAGGAAUGCUUGUUUUUGACUUGGUGACUCUUGCAUGGAAAGAGUACCGAAUAUUUGUAAAUGCUGAUGUAUUCAAUGACAUUUUGGAGUGCGAGGGGCAAAUCAUAGGUAUGCGCAUAAUUGAACGGAGGGUGAGUUGUAGAUUUUUCAGGUUGAAUCUGAUCAAAUCCUCCGGUAAUGAGGUUGAUUGGGUAGAGCUAAAAGAUGAUGAUGUACUCCUACUGGACAAGAUUUGGUUCACUGGACAGAGAUAUAGCUCUGCUUUUACGAGAACAGUGAAAUUGGAUGGAGGAAUAAAGAAAAUAGUCUACCACAAUAAUUUAAUCUUCCAGCAGGAUAAUAAAACAGCAAAGUGGAUUUCCAGGAGUGUUGAAUUCGAUGGCUUGGAGAACUGGGGUGUAUAUGUCGGUAAAAUGUCUCAUUACCAUCCACUUUGGGUGGACAUUAGCUGAGAUUUGUAUUAGAUUAUAUAUGUUUUAACAUUUGCUAUUGAAAUAUUUCUUUUAAUCUAAAUACUAAAUUUUGACUUGACAGUAA